AUGAUUUACCGAUUUGGUAUAAUAUUCCUCAUUGGGGUUUGCGUAUCCUAUACAACAGCGUUACCGCCAUGCGUGUGCACGAGGAAUAUGAAACCAGUUUGUGGCUCCGACGGAGAGACUUACAGCAACGAAUGUAUGCUUCGAUGCCAGAAGGAAACAAAACCAGACUUAACUCUCGUCAGACCCGGAGCGUGUGACGAAGAACCAAUAUGCUUUUGCACUUUUGAGUUUAACCCUAUAUGUGGAACAAACGGCGUAACAUACUCUAAUGAAUGCUCGUUGAAAUGUGAAAGACAGAAGGUUGAUAUCGCAUAUAGAGGAGAAUGUAGACAAAAGCGAGAACAGCCAUGCAUUUGCUCUAGACAUAAAUCUCCAGUGUGCGCUUCCAAUGGCAACACUUACAGUAAUGAGUGCAUGAUGCGGUGCGCAGACGCCGAUCUUACGGUAGUCAAGCAUAAAUCAUGCGAUUCU